AUGGCCGCUAAUGGCGCGCCUCAACCAGACGGAUUGGCAGAUUUAACGAAAAAGGAUGAUCAAGAAGCAAAUGCAUUAGCAAAUAAAUUACAACAUGACGAAAAUAAAGGUGCUCGAGUGAUGGAAUUCGACGAAAAUGCAACGCCCGAACAAAAAGCAGCAGAAGCAAAGAAAAAAAUGGCAGAAAUUAAUCCUCCAAAAGGUGAAAAAGAAGGUAAAGGAUUAGGUUUGGCUUCCGAUAUUGGAGGUAAAAAUGUUAAAACCACAAUGACUGCUGCUGAUGUUGAUCGGAUCAGUAAAUUGGAAGGACAAAAAGGUGACGGAAGCGGUGUUAAAGCAGGUCAACCAUCCUCUCAAAUUCCUGACUACUAUCAAGUUGGUCAUACCGGUGUCAGUAAAGCAAUGCUCAACGGACAGCCCGCUCUUCAACCUGGAGAAGAAGAAACCAGGCGACACAUUGAAACUGAGAUCGUCAGUAAAUACCUUACAGAUCAAUGGUACGGACGCUUUUGGUUCGACGGUGCUGCAUGCUUGGUAGCCGUUCUAGCUACGUACUUUGCAACUCGCUUUGGAGGUGGAAUCAUUGCCAUGCUUGUGAUCGGAGCAGUAGUGACGACCUACUAUAACACCAGCACUCGUCGUACAAGACAACGUCAUCGUGAUGAUAUUUCGCGUGAAUUGGCAAAGACUAAGAUGAUGUCCGAGAACGAGACUGCAGGAUGGAUCAAUCAAUUCUUGCGCAGAUUCUGGCUGAUCUACGAGCCCGUUCUUAGUGCAACGGUCAUCUCAACGGUCGACGCAAUCUUGGUACAACAAUGCCCCUCUUUCUUGGACUCGAUCCGUUUGACUACUUUCACCUUAGGUACAAAAGCGCCCAUCAUUGACUUUGUACGCACCUUUCCCGCUACGGCAGAUGAUGUGGUAUGCAUGGACUGGAAGAUCUCUUUCACGCCAAACGAUACACAAGACCUUACCGUACGUCAAGCGGCACAAAAGAUCAAUCCAAAAGUAUGUCUCACCAUCCGUAUUGGGAGAGGUAUUGUCGGUGCCGGUCUUCCGAUCUUGGUUGAAGACAUUUCCUUCUCGGCUCAUGCCAGAAUCAAAAUGAAGCUCAUCUCAACGUUCCCGCACAUCCAAACCGUUGACGUUUCGCUCAUGGAACCACCUGUAUUUGACUUUGUUUUGAAACCUAUCGGUGGUAACACCUUUGGAUUUGACGUCAUGAGUGUUGUUCCAGGUCUGGAAGGAUUCAUUAAAGGUCAAGUGGAUGCAAACAUGGGACCGAUGAUGUACAACCCCAACGUCUUUACGAUCAAUCUUGAAGAAUUGUUAUCCGGAACUCCUCUUGAUACCGCUGUUGGUGUCUUGCAAGUCACUAUUUGGAACGCACGCAAUUUGCGUGGAGUCAAAUUGGGCGGUGGUUCUCCCGAUCCAUACAUUGCUAUUUCCGUUGACGACAAGGAAACCUUGGCAAAGACAAAGUACAAGCCAAGCACCACGAACCCACAAUUCAAGUCUUCUCAUUUCGUCUUGUUGAACAACUUGAAUGGUAUGCUUACGUUGAAUGUUAUGGAUUGGAACGAGCACCGUGCGGACAACAAAUUGGGCUCUGCUGCGUUUGAAUUGAAGGAAUUAAACGUUGAGCCUGAACAAAACAACUUGUCAACACCUGUGAUGUUGGAAGGUAAAGAGAGAGGUGCACUGCAAUACUCGCUUUCAUACUACCCAGUCAUCAAGCCAGAAAAUGGUCCUGAUGGUAAAGCAUUGCCUUUGCCCGAAACUCAUGCAGGUGUUGUUCGCUUGACAAUCCAUCAAGCCAAGAAUCUUGAGAAAUCUGUCGGCCUUUUGGGCGAUUGCAAUCCUAAAGCCCGCAUCACAUUGAACGGAAACAAGGUGAAAGAUACCGCUCAACUCAAACGUACAACUUCUCCCAUUUGGGAAGAACACUUUGAGUUCCUCGUUACUGAACGUCGUAAGGCUGUUGUCGGAGUGCAAAUUUUGGACCACGAUCAAUUGACAAGCUAUUUGAAUGUCAAAUUGGACGACCUGUUGAGCGCAAAAGAUCGUCAACAAGAUUGGUUCCCGCUAAGCAAGAGCAAAGAAGGUCGUGUGCGCAUGUCUGCAGAAUGGAAGCCUGUCAUGAUGAGCGGUAGUAUGAAUGGUGGUAGUGGUUACAGUCCCGCUAUUGGUGUUGUCAAAUUCUGGUGCCACAAAGCCGUCGGCGUCAAGAAUGUGGAAGCUGCUAUGGGUGGAAAAAGUGAUCCUUAUGUUGCCUUGCGCGUUCGCGGUCAGCAAGUUGAUGGUUCUUCUAUCAUUAACAAUGAUCUCAACCCUGAUUGGAAGAGUGAAAUUCUUUAUGCUCCCGUUCAUUCCCUCAAAGAUCGUAUCUUGUUCGAAGUUAUGGAUUACCAAAAUAACACGAAGGAUCGUUCUUUGGGUACUUGUGAGAUUUCUGUUGCUGAUCUGGCAAAGGAGACGCCAAGUGACAACAAACACCCGUACGCAAGUAUGGGAAAGAAGGCACACGUUGAAAAGCUCAAUUUGGGUAGAGGAAUCUACAAAGGAGAGGCUCACUUUGACUGUCAAUUCCUGCCAUCCGUCAACCUAUCCGGUGUCGAAUUUGCUGGAGCUGGAAAUGAGGCUGCCGAGAAAGCAGGAGAAGGUGACGCAGCAGGAGGCGAUCCCGAUGCCGGAAAGGCUACCACAACAGAAGCAACUGCACCUGAUGUCAAGACGAACGGUACUCAAAAUGGUACAGCCGAUGAACACAAGCCACGAUUCCCCUCUGUCACUUCAACAACCUCCAUUGCAACUGCAAAGACUUCUGCCACAGCCACAGACGAUGAUGAGCCAAAAGUUGAAUCUGUUUCUAUGUCUACGGAAGAGCUAUUGCAAACCCAAUCAGGUGUCCUUGCAUUUAACGUCUUGUACGGAAAGCUUGCUCAUAAAAAUGCAAGAUUGGAGGUAUUGUUCGAUGAUGGUUAUUGGCCUACGUACACUACUGAGGAAGCACGUACAAAAGAUUGCACUUGGGAUGAAGUAGGAGAAGCAAUAAUCAAAGAACUGGACUGGAGCAGAAUUUGGCUCAAACUUCGAACGGGCAAUCAUAAAGAUGAUCAGAGUGUAUUUGCUGAAUUCCAAGGAAACACAAAGGAUUUCCUGGAGCGUACUUUGAACAAGAAUGCAGAAUUCACAUUGGCAAGUGAUGCAGGAACAGGCUCCUCCACUGUAACGAUCACUAGCAGAUACAUUCCAACAGAUAUCAAGAUUGAACCCGUAGAAUCCGUUAACAAUAUGGGCUUCUUGACUGUUUGGGCUCAAUCCGCCAAAGGAUUACGUGGAGCAGACCGAGGAGGAAAAUCUUCGGAUCCAUACGUAGCAUUUGUCUUGAACGGAGAACGUCAAAUGAAGAGCAAAGUUGUCAAAAAGACACUCAAUCCCACUUGGGAUGAGAAAUUGGGAGAAUGCGAAGUACCCUCACGUGUUCAUGCCGAAGCCAUCUUUGAGGUGUUCGAUUGGGAUCAAGUUGGUAAUCCGGAUAAAUUGGGUCAAGCACAUGUUAAUCUGGCCGAACUGGAACCAUUUGAGCCAUUAGAGAAAACGUAUCCAUUAACUGGCAAAGGUGCUUUAGACGGAAGUUCAAUCACGCUCAAAUUCGUCUUUAGACCUGAAUUCAUCAACACACGUGGCAGGAAGGGUACCUCUUUGGGUAGAACCUUUACUGCCGGUGUUGGUGGUGUGGGUCGUUUGGGUGUGGGAGCAGCAGGAUUGGCAGGAAAGGGUGUGGGAACUGUUGGUAAAGGAGCGUUUGGCGUUGUUGGAGGAGUGGGCAAAGGUGUUGGUGGUGUUGGAAAGGGUGCAUUUGGACUCGUUCGUGGUCAUCGUAACAGUAUACAAGGUGGCUCAGAAGGUAUUCCUGAAGUACCAGAACUUCCUGACGGCGUCACACCUGCUCAAUUGGCACCGGAUGGUAUGCCAGUCGAUAAUUCAUCAGCACUAGGAACAAAUAAAGGAUCAGGAUUUGACUCUGGUUCGAUCGCCGACAGUACAACUACCAGCAAGCGAAAGAGCAGGCUCCACAAUCCGUUCCAUAGAAACAAGUGAUCUUCCCUCUUAUAUACCUUUCUUAUCAUUCUUACUCUGCCCUUUCCCCUAAAUGUCUCUAACUGCACUACAAAACUCUCUCUAUGGAGAUCUGGAUAACGAAACUGAUUUUUAAUUGAUGAAAUGGAAUACUUUUUAAACACUCUCA